CAAUCAUUGACAAUUGGCAAUUCCUAAUAUUAUUCGACCUGCCACUUCCAGGUCGCUUCAUAUGCUGAAUCGCCACCAUCUUUCCACCCGCCGCUCCACACGGAAUCCGAGCAGGUGACUCUACCCGUCAUGACGUUGACGCGCUCGCAAACGGGGAGGACCCCCAGGAAAAUCGAGCGUCCCAACUUUGUUGAGACUCCUGGACGCCGUGUGACUCGCAGCCGUGCUUCCAUUACCCCUGACCCAACAACGACCAAGAUGAACCCGACAUCCCUGGACGGCGAAAAUAAGGGCUCGCCCAGGAAGCGCAAGUCUACUAAGGCUACCGUGGAAGAUGAAAAGCCCAACGGACAUGCCAAUGGCCAUACCAAUGGCCAUGCUAACGGCUCCCCGAAAGUCAUUGACGGCUGGAUCGAGGGCAAGGAUCCCAAGAUCGACUACAGCGGGGAGUUCGAGUUCGGAGGAUCAUGGGGUACCGCUGCAUUGAUGGUUGGGUUCCCAACGCUAAUGUACUACAUGUGGAUUGGAGCAACCUAUUACAAUGGCAAACCACCUCUUCCAGCCGAAGGUCAGAGCCUGUCCGAGUUUGUCGCACAUCUUGGUCGUCUCGCCUACGACGGCGCCUUCCCCUCGCUAAAGGCAUGGACAAUUUAUUGGGUGUUCUUUAUCUUUGAGGGCAUUUGCUACCUCGUUCUCCCGGGUAUCACCUUAAUGGGCCGGCCUUUGCCUCACGAAGGAGGAAAGAAACUCCCUUACUACUGCUCUGCUGUCUCUGCUUUCUAUGUGACAUUGGUAGUCGCUUUGGGACUACAUUUUAGUGGACUGUUCAAACUAUACACUAUCAUUGAUGAGUUUGGACCUUUGAUGAGCGUGGCUAUCCUUUCAGGAUUUUUGGUUUCUAUUGUCGCCUACGUCUCCGCUCUUGCCCGUGGAGCCCAACACCGCAUGACUGGCUAUCCCAUCUAUGACUUUUUCAUGGGUGCGGAGUUGAAUCCCCGCAUGUUUGGCAUUCUAGACUUCAAAAUGUUCUUUGAGGUGCGACUCCCGUGGUAUAUCCUUCUGCUAGUCACCAUGGGUGCCGCUGCUCGUCAAUACGAGUUGUACGGCUACGUUUCUGGCGAAGUCGGCUUUCUUCUCAUGGCACACUUUCUGUAUGCCAAUGCCUGCUCCAAAGGAGAGGAGUGCAUUAUUUCAACCUGGGAUAUGUACUACGAAAAAUGGGGCUUUAUGCUUAUCUUCUGGAACCUGGCUGGAGUUCCUCUCAGUUAUUGCCAUUGCACAAUCUACCUUGCCAAUCAUCAUCCUGACACUUACCGUUGGAACCGUUAUGUGCUGGCCUUCCUAUACGUCGCUUAUCUCUUCGUUUACUGGGUCUGGGAUACAGCCAACAGCCAAAAGAAUCGUUACCGUCAAAUGGAGCGUGGAACCACCGUCUUCCGCAAAGCUUUCCCUCAACUGCCCUGGCAGACUGUGGAAAACCCCGAUGUCAUUAAGACUCCUAAUGGAGGCACCAUUCUCGUGUCUGGGUGGUAUGGUUUGGCACGUAAAGUUCAUUACACUUGCGAUCUGUACUUUGCCUUGAACUGGGGUCUUAUUACCGGCUUUUCAAGCCCGUUCCCCUGGUUCUAUCCACUGUUCUUUGCCGCCAUGAUCACUCAUCGCGCUAGCCGUGACAUCCAACGCUGCCGUGGCAAGUAUGGUGAGGCAUGGUUGGAAUAUGAGAGACGUGUUCCAUAUCUAUUCAUUCCCGUAAGUAUUGCAACCGAUUACUUUAAUCUAACACAACAAUUUACUAACCACGACAAUUAGUACGUGAUCUAAACACUAGGACUUAGACCGCAACACCAUAAUUUCAGCCUGGUCACACUUCAUUUCGACGCUUCAUAUGUAUAAUCCAUAACAUCCAUUCAGUCUAAUCAGUCGCCUCACAAAGCGUUUUUCCCUUUCAUUCUCUAAUUGUUUUCAUCCUAUGCUUAUCUUGAUAUCGUUCACAAAAUGUGUUAUAAUUGUACAUAUACCCCCUUUUCCCUCUAUAUUAGCAGGAUUCGUUCUAGGGAGGCCUAGGCCAUUUUUAAAUUCAAGCUCAAACACGGGCUGAAUGGGUGGAUGGAUUUAAGAUUUUACCUUAUUGCGGUUUUUAAUCCAUGCAUGACAAGAAUAAAAUUAUGCUACGCUUUUACUGGUCUUUUACAUAUCAUAUUGGUAAGCUAGGGCUGAAUAAUAAUAGUGUUGCAGAAGAUUAAGCUCAGGUGUAAUUGUUGC